AUGGCCGUCGAGGCGAUCGGCGCCGCCCGCCUCAGCCCCGUGCCCGCGCUGCUGCGCGACCUCUCGGCGCUCAAGGCCGCCGUCAUCGGCGCGUGCGCCCUCACGGCCGCGCUCAUCGCCUGCCUCCUGCUGCGCGUCUUCAGGUCUGGCAAGAGGAUUAAGAAGACCAGGAAGUACGACAUAAUCACAACCCCAGCCGARCGGGUGGAAAUGGCUCCUCUGAACGAAGAAGACGAUGAGGACGAAGACUCAACAGUGUUUGAUGUGAAAUACAGGUAAAGCAGUUCUGCAGACCGUCGGUGCCCUGCAAGAUGUCAUUCUGCUGUCGAGGGACCUGCUGAAGCCAUGACUGUGAACGGGGAGGCUUUCAUCUCUGCAGCGUUGAAACCAAAACAAGCCUCACCUCUGAGGAGCUGUUUGUACAGCAGGUUGUACAGCAGGAUCUUCUGACCAAAACGUCACCGUCCAGUUUCCUGGUUUCCAAACUUCUCUGUUGGAAUGACUAGAGUUCCUCCUUCCAAACGCCACUCCCUUGCUUUAAGAAGUUGCACCAUCACCAAGAGAUGCAGCCCUGGGUGCAGACUUGCAGCUCAUUAGGGUCUAAAAAUGUUCUGUAGGAGGAAAAUGAAAAGGAAGAUUGACUUAAGCUGCCCCAGGGACUUAUUUUCUAAAAUCUUAAUUCAGUUCUUCAGUCACUGUUAAACAGAUGAUAUGUUUAAAGAUCAGGUGUGUUUUUCUGGGCMUUACAGAAGUGACUUUCUGUCUAAGUGCUGAUGUAAGCCAUGCUGAAAUGCCACAUUAUGUCUAGUGUGGGGUUUUUUGGUGGUGGUGGUGGGGAUGGAAGAGGUUGAGGAAGAGGUUUUUCGUGUAGAAAAUAUUCAUGACUUGCUACUGACUUUUUUUUUUUUUUUUGGAAGAGUUACACUAAACUUUCAUAAUGACAUUUUCAUUGUCUAAAGGAGCUCUGAUCAGGCCAACUUAAAUAAAUGAGACCCCAGGGAAACAGGAAGAAUCACGCAUGCCCUAACCCACAACAAUAUUGGAUUAAAGAAGAUAUAUUUUUGUAAUUUUCUGCCCUUCCAACAGGGAGUAAAACAGCGUUUUAUACCAGCCUGCGUCUUGUGCUUGCUGUAAGUCAUCUAUAUUACACAAGAGUCCUCAUAUGAAAUGGUUAGAUUGCAGAAAGACAACACUACUUAUUUUUCAUGCAAGUUUCAUGUAAAUAAGACUAUCAAACUGGAAGUUUUCCCCUACUACCUGCUUGACCGAUCCAAUUUAACUCAAGGAUGUAUUUUUAACCCUUAGUCCCUGCUGUGCUUCCUGCUGCAGAGGUCAGAGCAGUGGAAAGGCACUCCGGGAAUUAAAUUUCCCGCAUCUGGAUGGGUCGCGUGCAGGAGACCACAAGCUCUCAUACAUUCCAGACCCUGGCUAGAAAGGGCAGAAGUAACUAGUUCAGUUCCUCUGCUUUGUGGUUUUCCCAAAACACAACCAGAUGAUGCAGUUCAGAUGAGUUUCCCCUUGACCUGUUUAUUCUCUAUUUCCUGCGCCCUUUUUUUCCUCUGGGGGUUUUUAAGCUGGCUGGAACCUUGCUUUUUUGGGGAUUGUGUGUUUUCUACUUGUUCUAGGAGUGUCCCACCAUUUGCUUGAGCCUGUAGCAGCCUCUUGCAGUUCAAGGAGUCUCAAGGAGACUGCAGUGCWUCUGGCAAACCACCGUCCUUGCAGUGGGAGUUGCCUUUUUUGGGAGGGUGAAGGGGAGGAGGCUGAUAGAUUUGACGCUUGCUGAGGACAUGAAGCUGCUUUGUCAUGAUCCCGUUACCUGUGCCAGUUCUGAGCGGUUCCCUUGGGUCCUGCAGUCACUGAAAGGAGGUGAAGGAUUAUUUUCUAGCAGCCUUGGGCUUUCAUCAGAGCUUGUUCCCUAUAGUGUAGCUCGUUUUCCCUAGCUAUGACUUGGCAAAGGCUCUGCAACCAAGCCAUCAGCCCGGGUGUAAAAAUCCCACAGCAGACUGUUGCAUUAGUAUUAGUCAUCAAGGCAAUAUAAAAACACUACAUUAUUUUCAUUCAUGGAAUGAAUUUGAGUCAUUCUGUGUUACUGUUACUAAGCAAUAUUUAACGUGUCAGCCAAGAGGUAAGACUUGGAGGAGCCAAGAGGUUCAUCUUCUCACUGGUAGGAAUCACCAUGUCCAACCGGCUGAGUGAUGCUGCAGGCUGAGAUGUAAUUUGGGGAUUUCUUAUUCUCCUUCGUACUCUUAUUCAAACAUGUUACAGGUUUAGGCUGGACGAUUCUGAAGGAAAUGCAAUAUCUCCUCAGGAAUAAAGAACUUGGAAGAGCAGAGAUUGAAUUUAGGCAGUUUGGGUCCUUUUGAAGUUAAGGUGGUGAUGCUGAAAGACAAGUUGACAGCUUUUGUUUGCCUUUGCAGAAGGGGAGCUAGCACAAAGACUGGUGUUGUCUGGCUUGCCGGUGACAASAGCCGUGUUCCCCCCAACCGGUGUCUCUGAGCAAGCACCAUGGCAUCAUGUGCCCAUGUUUGUGCCAGACCUGCUAAGCUGAGCAUCUGGCACUUGGGAAGAGUAGUGCAGAGUGAAUGAAACUUUUCACAAAGGACAGACAAACUAAUUAUGUAGGAGAGAGAUGAGAGGUAAGAGUGUUUGGAGGAUACUUCUUUCCAAGAAAGAAUCAACUCUUGAAGUUAGCAUGAGUUUUUCUGGUGACUUUUUGUGGACCCAGCCAGGUCACAUGCUGAGCUGGGUUGGCAAAGGCCAUCUGCUCCCCUUGCUUGUGGCUAAGAAUUGCACUGUUUCCAUAGUGCGACUGCAUCUCACUGUUGGACAGGGGUUGUAUUGAUGCAAGACACUAAUUUUAAGAUGCUGAAGGGAGCCGACUGCCUCUGGAAGCCUUUGGCUCCUCCUCAAGGUCCCGGGCCAGGUGCCCUAAGCUAAUAGCUUGGAGGGAAGCAGCAGCUGCUUGGUGGAAAACAAGACCCACCUUGCCAGUUGUUCCUGGUCUUAAAAACUCACCCGAAUGCUUGGUUCAAUACUCAGUUGCUGUUGCAAAUGUGAGGCAAAGUUUACCUCUCUACAGAAGUUGCUGUAUGUGAUUUAAAGUGUCUAGGUAAAUAUUCUAUAGCUAUAUUUAGUUAAGAUUUUUAAGAGCACUUGAUGUGACUCAUCUAAUAGUAUAUAUAUGAAUAUUUUUUUAAUGGUAGGAAUUAGUUUAAUACAUAGGUUUAAAUAAUUUGGAUCAUUGCGUUGAAGUAGGUUUAGGAGUCCAUUGGAGAAGAAAAAGCCAUUAACCACUACAUGAAUGUUUUACUUUCAUGUUCCAUGUAUCUUCUACUGCAGAAUAAAUCUGGUUGCGACUGUAAAGUUCCUUAGUAUUUGCUGCUGUUUCGUGUUGCACAGUCAGGCUUGCUUUGUUCAAGAGUGUUUUUUAAAGGUGUUUUUUGUUAUAGAAAAGAGAAACAUUUUCAUAGAUGUCUGCCUGCAGCUCAGCUCAUCUCUGCUUGCAAAACCCACCAACUAGGAGCAGAGUGAAGCGGAGCACGUGGAUUAGCAGCUGCCUCCUCUUUGGGCAUGCGGUGCCACGGAGGAAGAGCCCAGUGCAGAACUGCGGUGUCUUUCCUCUAACCACGGCCCAGGCAGGGGAGAUUCCAUCUGGGAAGGCAGAAGCCGUGUGUGCUGGUAGAACUGAGUCGGAAGUGCAUGGAUAGCUUUGGGUUUGUUUUUCCUUUUUUUAUUUUUCCCUCGGCACAUGUGGCRAUGACUGCAAACACUUGUCUAGAAGGCCAACUUGUACACAUGUCAAUGCUUAUCCCAAACCGACUUUGGAAGUGUAGCAAGCACUAAUGCACUUGAGUGAUUUGCUCAUAACUGUUUCCUCUAAUUCACUGUAUGUGGUAUAUUCUCUGCAGGGCUGUGGGCUGUGGUUUUCAUUAAAGCUUUUCUUUCUGUCUUUUGUUAGAGGAGUUUUGGCAUGAGU